CUAUUCAUCUCUCUUCUUUUGGAUUUGCCUCCACGCAGAAGAGAGAGGUGUUCCUCUAAUGGCGAAGUGGACGAUGAUGAUGGUGGUGAUGGUGGUGGUGGCGAUGUCUGGGGGGGCGGAGGGGCAGUUGCCGCCGCCGUGCGUGUCGAGCCUGAUCCCCUGCGCGGCCUACGUGAACUCGACGCGUCCCCUGCCGGCGACGUGCUGCGGGGCGCUGAGGCAGGCGGUGGACGCCGACCUGCAGUGCCUCUGUGCGGUGCUCAACGACCAGAGCGUAUUGAAGGCCUUCAACGUCACCACCGACCAGGCUUUCCGCCUCGCCAAGUCCUGCGGCGUCUCCGUACUCAGUGGUUGCUCGGGCGGUGCGUAUAAUAUACGCAUGCAUAUAUCUUCUUCACCUUCUGCCAUGCAUACUCCUACAGUUGCAGGUGGUGAUGGAAGAGAUAAAGGUGACGCCCACAGAGCAAAUUGGAUUGGCUCGUCCAGCUUCAUAAGCUUGUCCCUCCUGUUUUGGUGCUCCGCCGUGGGGCUGUGAAGUCGCAGCCUCUUAUUUCUGAAGUCGCAGCCUCUCUUGUUCUUUCUGCUCGUGUUUGUUUGGACUACUUACUGUUGGAUGCGAAUUCUGUGUGCUUGUGAUGAGCUGCUGCUUGGAUAUGUCAGAUUGAAUUCUUUUGAUGAUGAAAACUGCAUAAGCACUUCUA